AUGCUUAGAAGUUUUUUACUUAAUAUGGGGCUAUGUCAUUCUUCGGAAGAAGACAACCAUGAGCAUCAACGUAGUAAUGAAAUUGAUAAACUCAUUGAAAAAGAGAAAAGCAACAGAGAAAAAGAAUGCAAGAUUUUGUUAUUGGGUACAUUCAUAUUAAUAUUCACAUGGUCUGGUGAAUCUGGAAAGUCAACAUUGUUAAAGCAGAUGAAGAUUAUCAACCUCAAUGGAUAUUCAGAAGACGAAUUAUUUACAUGGCGAGCAACAGUAUAUCGUAAUGUUGUCGAGUCAGCACAGACAAUUAUCCAAACCAUAGCAGAAGCGGGCAUGACCUAUGAGAGGCCUGAAUUAAACAACAAUGUUGAUCGAAUAUUAGCCUAUAGAGUUUCAGGAAACCCAAAGAGUCAAUUAAGCCCAGAAAUCAUUGCCUUAAUAAAGCUAUUAUGGAAAGACCCCUCUGUGAUUACAUGCUUCACAAAACGAGAGAAUGGAUUAUAUCUGAUGGACUCGGCACCAUAUUUUUUUGAUUCACUUGAUCGUGUAGGCCAAGCAAAUUAUUUACCAAAUGAACAAGACGUCUUGCGGGCAAGAUUAAAGACUACAGGAAUUACAGAAAUACAGUUUCAAUUAGGAAGUUUAUUAAUACAUAUGUUUGAUGUUGGUGGACAACGCUCAGAACGGAAAAAAUGGAUCCACUGUUUUGACGCAGUGACAUCCAUUAUUUUCUGUGUAGCAUUAAGUGAAUAUGACCAAGUCCUAUUGGAAGAAUCAAAUCAGAAUCGAAUGCUUGAAAGUUUGGCCUUAUUUGAGUCUAUUGUGAACAGUCGAUGGUUUAUUCAUUCAUCUAUCAUGCUCUUUUUAAACAAGGUGGAUAUAUUUAAAGCAAAGAUUGCCGGUGCUCCACUUGAAAAUUACUUUCCUGAUUACGGAGGGGGAAACGAUGCAAAUAAAGCUGCUAAAUAUAUCCUAUGGCGAUUUUUGCAGUGUAACAGAAACAAGCUAAACAUCUAUCCUCAUCUUACACAAGCUACUGACACUUCUAAUAUUCGAUUUGUGUUUGCUGCUGUUAGAGAAACCUUAUUACAAAAUGCAUUAAGGGAUUCUGGCAUGUUGUAA